CGGCCGAGGGAAGGACUCGCAGCUGCGGGGCUCGCGCCGCUGUCAGUGCGGCUGGGCGCGGAGCGGCGCGGGCGUAGGGCAGUUAGAGCUGAGAGAAGCUGAGGGGGCGGUAGUGGCGGCGGGGGCGACUCCCACGCGGGUGUGCUCAGCUCCUCACGCCGCGGCCGGGUCCGCUUUCUGCCUUCCUCCUUCCCUCCCGCCCCCGAGUGCGGUGGCACCGCCUUCUUCCGUGCCGCGCGGCUUCCUCCAGACCUCUCCGCGCGGGUGAGCCCUGUUCCCAGAGGCAGCUGGUGCUGACCCUGUAACUCUAAAGAGGAAAUCGCUGACUGAGCUCAACCUUGGUGGCGACCAUGUCCUUGAAGAUUCAGACAAGCAACGUAACCAACAAGAAUGACCCCAAGUCCAUCAACUCUCGGGUCUUCAUCGGAAACCUCAACACAGCUGUGGUGAAGAAGUCAGAUGUGGAGACCAUCUUCUCCAAGUACGGCCGUGUGGCCGGCUGUUCUGUGCACAAGGGCUAUGCCUUUGUCCAGUAUGCCAACGAGCGCCAUGCCCGGGCAGCUGUGCUGGGAGAGAAUGGGCGGGUGCUGGCCGGGCAGACCCUGGACAUCAACAUGGCUGGUGAGCCCAAGCCCAACAGACCCAAGGGACUAAAGAGAGCAGCCUCUGCCAUUUACAGUGGCUACAGCUUUGGCUAUGAUUACUACCGGGACGACUUCUACGACAGGCUCUUCGACUAUCGGGGCCGCCUGUCACCUGUACCAGUGCCCAGGGCUGUCCCGGUGAAGCGACCCCGUGUCACAGUCCCUUUGGUCCGGCGUGUCAAAACCACCAUACCUGUCAAGCUCUUUGCCCGCUCCACAGCCAUCACCACCAGCUCAGCCAAGAUCAAGUUAAAGAGCAGUGAGCUGCAGACCAUCAAGACAGAGCUGACGCAGAUCAAGUCCAACAUCGACGCCCUGCUGGGCCGCUUGGAACAGAUUGCUGAGGAGCAGAAGGCCAACCCAGAUGGCAAGAAGAAGGGUGACAGUGGCAGCGGCAGCGGCAGUAGUGGUGGCAGUAGCCGGCCACCAGCCCCCCAAGAGGACACAGCUUCUGAGGCAGGCACGCCCCAGGGAGAAGCACAGGCUCGAGAUGACGGCGAUGAGGAGGGACUGCUGACACACAGUGAAGAAGAGCUGGAGCACAGCCAAGACACAGAUGCGGAGGAUGGGGCCUUGCAGUAAGCAGCCUGACAGGAGUGAUGGCCAUCGGCGGGAUAAGGACGUGCACUGUACCAGCCCUCAAGCUGGGCACCUACCCCUGGACGCCACCCCAGCAGGUCCCAGAGGAGAACUGGCAGCAGGCACGUCAUCCCCCACGCAUCCCAGCCAGUGCCACAUCCUCUGCAGGUGGAGUUAUCGACCUCCCCUCCCCAUGUACCUUCCCUGCUGGCACUGCCCAGGCCAGAGGGCAGAGCACAGAGGUUUCCCCACACUGCCUCCCCUCCCCAGGACAUUCCCAAGCUUGGGGUUUUUCUAUAGGUUUGGAGGGGGGAGGUCACAGGGAGGGGACCCUGACAAUAAAGAGAUUGGAUCCCA